AUGCCCGCGCGCUCCACCCAGCUGCCCAACGGCCAGUCCUUCUCCAUCACCCCGGUGUUCGGAGGAUUCAACUUCAAGUCUACCAAUUUGAACCAGCGCAGUUCGCUCUUACUACCUGGGUGGAAUGUUGUCCUUGGGACGCGACGCCAGCCCGAGGAGCUUCCUGACGGAGAGGGGACCGACGAUGAGCGCGGCCGAGCACGACUGGGCGCAGACCGAACACAGGUCACCCGCUUCACAGGGCCUACACUGUCCGGCGAUGAGCUGUAUAUCUCGUAUAUCGUGAACCCGCCAGACAGCGACUACAAGCCUGUCAUUUCCCCCACUCGGCAGAUCGCCAUGAUGCUGUGGGUCACGCUGUACUGGUACUUCCACGAGCGCGAACCAGAGCUUCAAUUGUAUACUGCGGCGUCGGCAAACACCCCUGCCUCGGGAAAGCCAAAGGGCGACUGGCGGGUGAGUAUCCGGCGCGAGGGUAUCUUCACGGGCCGCAAUGUGCUGCCGAAGCUAGAGCGCAUGGGGCUGAUCGCGUGCGACGAUUCCACUGUUGGCCCCGAUCCAGACAACAGAGAUACCUGGUCGCAUAUGUUCGUUAGCCGGCGCAGCUUCUGGCAGCUUGAUCCGCGGUUGUACCUGUUUACGCUAAGCCCGCAGUCUUUUGCGCACUCAAUUGGGGGUUCCGGGCCGUUUGGUCGGAUUGCCUCUCCGACGCGGGAGAGCUUGUAUCUGAACGAUCCGAAUGCUCGCCCGCAGUCUGCAGGCUCUGCGUCGGGUCGCUACACGCCUAGUGAAGGGCCAUUUGCAUCGCAUAGCCAUAUCCCAACGUUCUUCCCGCCUCCGCCGUCUCAGUUCACAUUUACAAAUGGUGUGCGGCACCCCAUUCGACAGAAGCCGCCGCACCAGGGCGAGGUCUUCUAUAUCCGCUAUAUUCCGAGUCUAGGACAGUACCUCUCCUUCCGCGUCCCGUAUCUGCCUUCACAAAAUUAUAGACCCUCAACGACAGAGCAGUCAAAUCCCACCUCAAAGACCCCCUCGGACCUGGAGUAUCUGCACAAAUGGAUGAACGAGCCGCGCGUCAAUGCAGCAUGGGGCGAGGCCGGCCCGAUCUCCCAUCAGGAAGAAUUCCUGCGCCAGAAUCUCUCCAAGAAGCACAGUUUCCCGGUAAUUGGUUGCUGGGAUGGGCAGCCGUUCGGCUACUUUGAGAUCUACUGGGUCAAGGAAGAUCCCUUGGGAUCGCUGAUUGGGGGUGCUGAUAACCAUGACCGAGGAAUUCAUGUCCUUGUGGGCGAGCAGGAAUUCCGUGGCCCGCAUCGGGUUUCUGCCUGGCUUAGCUCGCUGGUACAUUUCUGUUGGUUGGCGGAUAUGCGUACUCAGACUGUGAUGUUGGAGCCGAGGGUGGACAAUACGAAGAUAAUUAGCUAUCUUCAGAACGCAGGGUUUUACAAAGACGGAGAGGUUACAUUCCCUCAUAAGCAAUCUGCGCUGAUGAAGAUUCGGCGUGACUCUUGGGAGGCUCCUUCUAUUUGA